AUGUCAGACCAACCAGAUGCUAAAAAGCAGAAGAUUGAAAAGCCAGGAGUGGGCAACAGUACAGGAGAAAAGAAGGACGAGAAUGGAAAUGAAACAUUUUUUAAGCCAGUGGAAAAAGCCGCUGAAGAUAUUGAUGCUCAAGAUAAUGGAGUAAAGAAAACAGGAGCUGAAGACGCAGAAGGAAAUCCUGUUCAAGAAGUUCAAUCUCUUUGCAUGAGAUGUGGAAAACAGGGCGUUACUAGGAUUUUGUUGACAACAAUUCCAUACUUUAAAGAUACUAUUUUGAUGUCGUUUAGUUGCCCACAUUGUGGCUACAAGAACUGCGAAGUUCAAGCCGCAUCCGAAAUUCAGGAGAAGGGUACGAAAUACGUCUUGAAAGUUGAAAAUAAGGAAGAUAUGGAUCGUCAGGUUAUAAGGUCGGACAGUUGCACUUGUAAAUUUGCUGAGCUCGAUGUGGAAAUCCCUGCUGAAAAGGGUCAACUUACAACAGUUGAAGGUCUUUUAAGUGAGAUGGUCGACAAUCUUGAAAUGGAUCAGGAUAGACGGAAAACCCAACAUCCUGACGUGUAUGCAGCAAUUGAAAAGUUUGUGAAGAAGGUGAAGAAGGUUUUAAAUGGUGAGCCCGGCUCCUUCCCACUAACAUUCAUUGCAGAUGAUCCAGCUGGAAAUUCAUGGAUUGAAUUUAAGCCUGGAGAACCUCAACAUAAAUGGUCUUGCACGAAGUAUGUCAGGACACCAGAACAAAACGUUGCAUUGGGACUUAUGAGUGAGGAUCAGGCUGCACAAAGCAGACUCAAGAUGAAUGAAGAGGAGCAGAAAAAGGAAGCAAAGGAAAAAGAGAAUGGUGAAAAUGAAGAAGGAGCGGCCGAAGCAAUUAAAAGCACCAACAUCAGCGAUGAAAAUAAUCCAGAGGCAGAAGUUCAAAUAUUCAAAGCGGAAUGCCCAUCCUGUCGGGCUCCUUGUGAGACACAUAUGAAGAUGGUUAGUAUACCGCAUUUCAAGGAUGUCAUUAUAAUGUCCACAGUUUGUAAUAGGUGUGGAUACAAAUCUAAUGAUAUUAAGACGGGUGGGGAGAUACCAGCAAAGGGCCAUAGGAUUAUAUUGAAAUGUACAGAUCCAGAGGAUUUAUCGCGGGAUAUAUUAAAAUCCGAAAGUUGUACGAUGGAGGUUCCGGAGUUAGGUCUUAGUAUCACACCAGGAACCCUUGGAGGUCGGUUUACGACCGUUGAGGGGUUGCUUAAAGAGGUCAGGGACGGAUUGUACUCAAGGGUGUACACAGAGACAUCUGAUUCUAUGGAUGAGGCUACAAAGUCAAAGUGGAAAGAGUUCUUCAGUAAGAUUGACCAAGCUUUGGCUGGAAAAUUGCAGUUUACAAUUAUGAUGGAGGACCCACUAGCAUCAUCAUAUAUUCAAAAUGUUUAUGCACCAGAUCCAGAUCCAAACAUGGCUUCAGAAGAUUAUGAGAGAACAGAAGAGGAGAACGAGGAUCUAGGAAUUGCUGAUAUGAAGACUUAA